AUGCUUCUUGUAUUGGGACGACCGGGCUCCGGAUGUACAUCGCUUCUACGGGUGCUUUCCAACGAUCGCGAUAGUUUCGACGAAGUCACCGGCGAGACUCGAUUUGCUAGCAUGGAUCACCGCGAGGCCAAGCAAUAUCGCCAGCAGAUCAUGUUCAACAACGAAGAUGAUCUUCACUUCCCAACUCUUACCGUGAACCGAACGAUGAAGUUCGCACUUCGAAACAAAAUCCCCGAAGAGCGCCCAGAGCACCUCGCGAACCGAAAGGACUUUGUCUUGAACAAGCGAGACGACAUUCUUGACUCCCUUGGCAUUGGACACACGAAAAAGAACAUGGUCGGAAACGAGUUUAUCAGAGGAGUUUCAGGAGGCGAGCGUAAACGUGUUUCCCUUGCUGAGGUCCUGGCUGGACAAAGUCCAGUUCAAAUGUGGGACAAUCCGACACGAGGAUUGGAUUCCAAGUCUGCCCUUGCAUUCGCCAAAAUGCUCCGCGCCGAGGCCGAUCGCAACGACAAGACAAUUGUAACAACUACUUAUCAAGCUGGAAAUGGAAUUUACGACCAGUUUGACAAGGUGCUGGUCCUGGCCGAAGGUCGUGUCACCUACUCUGGCCCCCGGCGGGCAGCGAGAGAAUACUUCGAGAAUCUUGGAUUCAUUUGUCCCAAGGGCGCCAACAUUGCUGACUUCUUGACAUCGGUGACUGUCCUUACUGAGCGCAUUGUUCGGCCUGGAUGGGAGGAAAAGGUACCCAACACCCCUGAAGAUUUCGAAGCUUGCUUCCAAAACAGUCCCAUCUACAAAGCUCAGAUGGAUGCCAUCGUGGAGCCCGAGAAACUGAGCUACGAGACCGAAGAUCUCGCACUAGCGGUGUCUAGUGAAAAGAAGAAGCAACACAUCCCUCGAAACAAGAGUGUCUACACAGCAAAACUCUGGGACCAGGUUGGUGCUUGCAUUGUCCGCCAGUUUCAGAUAAUGUGGGGAGACAAGUUCUCUCUUUAUGUGAAGGUUGCCUCGGCCAUCAUACAAGCAUUGGUCUGCGGGUCUUUGUUUUAUAACUUAGCAGAGGUAUGGACCAAAUCAUUCAUCGCCGGCAUUUCAAGACCACUGCUGACAGAACUGGACACCAAGACCAGUGAAUCGAUCUUCCUUCGCCCCGGUGUCUGUUUCUUCCCUGUCUUGUAUUUCCUGUUGGAAUCGAUGUCAGAGACCACUGGUUCCUUCAUGGGCCGUCCGAUUUUGUCUCGCCAGAAGCGAUUUGGCUUCUACCGUCCCACGGCCUUCUCAAUCGCCAACGCUAUCACGGAUAUUCCCGUGGUUAUAUUCCAAGUCAGCUCUUUUUCACUCAUCCUUUACUUCAUGGCUGCUAUGCAGAUGGAUGCCGGCAAAUUCUUCACCUAUUGGGUCAUCGUCAUCGUGCAGACAUUGUGCUUCAUCCAGUUAUUCCGAUCCGUUGGAGCUCUGUGCAAGACGUUCGGAAACGCAUCAAAGAUCUCCGGGCUCCUAUCCACCGUCUUUUUCGUCUAUGGAGGAUAUCUUAUUCCCUUCGAGAAAAUGCACGUCUGGUUCCGCUGGAUUUUCUAUCUUAACCCGGGAUCAUACGCAUUCGAAGCCCUCAUGGCCAACGAGUUUGUUGGGCGCAAGCUCGAAUGCGUCGAACCCGAUUACAUCCCGUACGGGCCCGGAUACUCCAGCUCAGCAUCCUCCAACCGCGGAUGUUCAGUGCUUGGAAGCGACGAGAAUGGUCUUAUUGAUGGUGCAAAAUACAUCAAAGAGCAGUACAACUACUCCCCUCACCACAUCUGGAGGAGCUUCGGUAUUCUGGUCGGAUUUUGGAUUUUCUUCAUCGGACUGACAGCUCUUGGACUGGAGUUGCGAAAUAGCCAAAGUGGAUCAUCCGUAUUGCUCUACAAGCGAGGCAGCGAGAAGGAGAAGGACCAAGAUCAGACCAACGAGCAACUCUCGGAAAAGAAGGACAUGAGCGAAUUAUUGGGUUCAGUCAAACAAUCAACUUUCACAUGGAAAGAUCUCGAUUACCACGUGCCCUUCCACGGCGAAAAGAAGCAAUUGUUGAACAAAGUGUUUGGCUUUGUUCAGCCUGGCAACCUGGUCGCACUGAUGGGAGCUUCUGGUGCUGGAAAGACAACCCUCCUGGAUGUGCUCGCACAACGAAAAGACAGCGGCGAGAUCAACGGAUCUGUUUUGAUCGAUGGUCUUCCCGUUGGUAUCAGCUUCCAGCGGACAACCGGAUACUGUGAACAAAUGGAUGUGCAUCUCGAAACAGCGACCGUAAAGGAGGCAUUGGAGUUCUCCGCUAUCCUUCGACAACCCUCUACUGUUUCUUAUGAAGAAAAGAUCGCAUACGUGGCACACAUUAUCGAUCUCUUGGAAUUGGGAUCGAUCAGUGAUGCGCUCAUUGGUGUUCCCGGUGCUGGGCUUAGCAUUGAGCAACGCAAGCGAGUUACCUUGGGCGUUGAACUUGUCGCGAAGCCAACCUUGCUUUUCCUGGACGAGCCCACGUCGGGUCUGGACGGACAAAGCGCGUUCAACAUCGUCCGUUUUCUUCGAAAAUUGGUUGACGGCGGCCAAGCUGUAUUGGUGAGUAGCAAGUCCGUGCCAUUGCCUUCACACAUACUAACGAGUCAGUGCACAAUCCAUCAACCUUCUGCUGUCCUUUUCGAUGCAUUCGAUGGUCUUCUCCUUCUAGCCAAGGGGGGUAGAAUGUCCUAUUUCGGAGAAACCGGCAAAGAGUCCAAGAAGAUCCUUGACUACUUCGCAAACAAUGGAGCCCCCUGUCCCCCGGAGGUCAACCCAGCGGAACACAUCAUCGACGUCAUUCAAGGAAGUGCGACCGAUAAAACUGACUGGGUUGAGGUCUGGAAUCAGUCAGAAGAGCGGAAGCUAGCACUUGCUCAAUUGGACACGCUCAAUGAAUCCAGAAGGGCCGAGGCAGACCAUGUCGAGGAUACAUCCGACUUUGCAACAUCGCACUGGUUCCAGUUCAAGGUGGUGUCGAAGCGCUUGACCAUUCAUAUCUGGCGAUCACCUGACUACAUGUGGAACAAGUUCUUCCUCCACAUUUUCGCCGGUCUCUUCAGUGGAUUCACGUUUUGGAAGAUUGGAGAUGGCACGUUCUCUCUUCAAUUGAGACUCUUCGCCAUUUUCAACUUCAUCUUCGUUGCCCCGGGUUGUAUCAACCAGAUGCAGCCGUUCUUCCUCCACAGUCGGGACAUUUUUGAGACUCGAGAGAAGAAGUCGAAAACCUACCACUGGUUAGCUUUCAUCGGAGCGCAAACUAUGACCGAGAUUCCAUACCUCAUCAUUUGCGCUACAUUGUAUUUUGCAUGCUGGUACUUCACCACCGGCCUUCCUGUCGAGGCCAGUGUUUCGGGCCAUGUCUAUCUCCAGAUGAUUUUCUAUGAAUUGUUGUACACUUCGAUCGGCCAGGCUAUUGCUGCGUAUGCCCCCAACGAGUACUUCGCAGCCGUGAUGAACCCUGUUCUCAUUGGUGCCGGCUUGGUCAGUUUCUGUGGUGUGGUGGUGCCAUAUUCUGCCAUGCAACCAUUUUGGCGAUACUGGAUCUACUAUUUGGAUCCCUUCAACUACCUUGUUGGUGGGCUCUUUGGCGAGGUGAUCUGGGAUGUCAAGGUCAAGUGCGAGGCCUCGGAAUUUGUGAAAUUCACUGCACCUUCGGGUCAAACAUGUGGGCAGUAUAUGAGCGACUUCUUGACCUCCCAGCCCGGCUACCUUCUCGAUGCCAACUCCACUGGGACAUGUUCAUUCUGCCAGUACUCCCAGGGUGCGGAUUACGCAAAGACAUUCAACCUCAACGAGAAGUACUACUCCUGGAGAGAUACUGGCAUCACUGCUCUCUUCUGCCUAUCCACAUAUGGCUUAGUCUUCCUGAUGAUGAAGCUCCGAAGCAAGAAGACCAAGAGCGCCCGCUCGGAGUAA